GUUUGACUGUGAUCGGUCUCCCUUCUCGGCUUGUAUACAGCGAAUCUUUUCCUCCGGAUCCAAACCAAGGCCGCCCGUCGGUGCCGCGCGUAGAAUUCCUCUCAUCGACCGCCCUAUCCUGCCUUUUUCGGUUCCUCUUAACCGUUCGGUUCCCUUGUCCAUAUUCCUGCCAAAAUUUCUCCUGAAUUCUAGGUUUCUUCCCUUUCGGUGAGGCUGAAAGGAGUGAGAAGAGAGUGUGCUGUUCUCGAGGGGGAUCUCCUAUUCCCACAAAUCCAUGGUCGCACACUAGUUGAUCUCGCAGCGCUGAUUCGCACCUCGAUCUUAUUCCCCUCUUCCACUGAGGCGCAGUAGAGCGACGAGAUUUGAAACCCCGUGACUGCAAAGUAACAUUUUUUAGUCAUUUGCUUCCUCUUCUCGUGGUGUUUCAGUUGUUGCUUCGGAAAAGUAUUUGUUAUAGCUCGAAUUGCCUCCAAGUUGGAGUUUUCCCUUCUUUAUUGGAUAAUUUCCACGAGGUUUUUGAGUGCACUGUUCAUUUGCGUGCUUGAAUUUAUAGUUUGGAAAGCCUUUACUCGAGCUAUUACUCUUUCGAUGAAGUCAUCUGUAUGAAUUUCUUUUCUCCCCGGCAAAAGCUCUUCUUUGCUUUGACGUUUGUUUCGUGGCUUUAUUCAAGCGGAAACGUGAGGCUCUCAUAGCGGGACAAGCUAAAAGGAAUCUCCUUUCAUUGCUGGUUUAGCUUGCCUGUACUCUUCUCUUUCUUCUAUGUCUUUGCGGGCUGGCGUGCGAUUUGUCACGUAGAGAUCAAGAAACGGGCCAACUAAUUUCUGGUUGGCAACGAAUGGUCGAAAGAAGAACCGACCGACCUAUUUGAUUGCUCGGUUGUAGAUGGACUUGUGAGAUUGGACCGAGUAUGAAGUGUCAGAGUAAUGAUUCAAUACCCGUGAGCUACUGUCCCUUUUUAGUUGGCAUUUAUUAAUAUUUUCCGAGCUUCGUUGACUGCUAGCUUUCGGUGCCACGUUUCAGCGCUUCCUUGUGGAAUCUUCCAUCUUCAUGCAUGAGAAUUUAUUCAUCUGGUAUGUUCCGGGAAGUCGCUGACAAAUUAUUUCAUUGAUUUGUCGGGUAGUCCCCGAGGAUCGAGGGAAAAGUUUCCUGCUCCGUCAGUUUCCUUGUUGUCCUAAGAGUGACUUGGUUAUCUUCCAAAAAAAUAGGAUCGAUUCAGUCUUUAGGGACUUCUCGGAGCUGAUAGUUGGUCCAUUUUGUAUUUGUUAGAACUAAGACUCGAAUAUGGGAUGCCUGCUUUCUAAAGAAAAGGAUUCGGAUAUCGGAAACAGAAAACGGCCAGGGAAUGUGGGGGAGGUGGCAGUUUUUGUACCCGGGUUGCGAGUCCCAAAAAGCGUGGACUUGUUUCAGUCACUUGGUGAUAGCCUGCCGAGGAGUUUGAUCGAACGCCUGUCAGCCUUGAGGACCAGAAUUGUAGUUAUGGCUGCUCAAGAGGCCCCUACUGUGGCGAAGCCCAGGAGGAAAACGGCAACUCAGCAUGGAGGUUCUAGUUUGGCUGAUCUUCGGCAGGCUCUUGAAGACUACUUACCAGUCCUUCUUGGUUUGGUAAAAGAUGGAAGUCAGCUAGUAGACAGCGUUCACUUUGUAUGGACUAACCAGGAGGAUGAUGCUGAGGAAAAGAAAAUUGCAAAUGCUUGGUACGAGGUGCUCUCAAUUCUGCACUUGAUGGCCAUGCUGUGCUUUUCUGAAGCCAACUCCUUGCUUCUUCCUAAAACAUCUAGUGAUACCAAUUUAAAAAUUUCUGAAGAGAGUAGGAGGACUGCAAUUGAUCUAUUCUUAAAAGCAGCUGGUUAUUUGGAUUGUGCUAUUCAACAUGUUCUUCCUCAACUUCCUCCUGAUCUAAGGAUGGAUCUUCCUGUCGAUCUCGCUGAAGGAGUGCUCCACUCUCUUCUUAUGCAAGCAUUGGGUCAGAGCGUGGAUAUUCAACUAGGAAUGGCGAUGGAUAGUCCCAAGGCUACACUGGCUGUCAAGAGGAGGCUAGCAUGUGAGAUGCUUAAGUGCUGGCAUCAGGCAGAGGACAGCAUCACAAAGUAUCCCUUAGCUGAAGGUUGGAGAGGAAAACAUCAACUAUUUAUCAAGUGGAAGUAUGUUGAAGCAAAGGCUGCUGCUUAUUAUUAUCAUGGUGUUAUUCUUGAUGAGGGUAACACUGAGAAAUCCCAUAGGAUGGCAGUCGCUGCUCUCCAAACUGCUGAAGAGUUUCUUAAACAAAGCAAAAAGGCAUCUGAUGCAUUCAAUGCAAUGCCUCCUACAUCGAGGAAUCCUCCUUCCUGGGGUUCUAUGAAAUAUCUAUACGAGAAAAUCCCGAAAGAUGCGGCGAACAAGGUUCGCAUAAAUCAGGACCUCUACAGUCAAGACAGGAUCCUUGAGAGAGCGCCGACGUUACCAGAUUUUGCGGUGGCUCUUAAACCAGACAAUUAUCGACUUCCAGAGGUGGACCAUGCUUGGAAUCAAGAAAGCAUCAACAAUUUGAACAAGCUGGCUGGAUGAUCUCAUAAUGAUAUUCCUUGCAUAUAUUGUAAUCUUUGACAGUUAAAAAAUUAUAGUUUUUUUGGUGGUUUUUUGAAAUAAUAUACUUGAAAGUACAGUAAAAUCGAUUCCCUGGUGAUAUACUUCUGAUAGAAACUAAAAAAUGUUGCAGAUUUUUGUU